AUGGAGGUCCUGAACCAGAACCUACCUGCAGAAAUCCAAAUGAACAUACUCUCAUGUCUUCCGGUUAAAUCUCUUCUGCGAUUCAGGUGCGUUUCAAAACAAUUUCGCUCAUUAAUUUCUGAUCCCUAUUUCGUCAAAUUUCAUCUCAAUCGGUCACUUCUCUCCAAAAAUUAUCAGAAAGUAUUUCUCAGUAGUUUCCCUCCCCAAUCAAUAGACUAUGAAUCAUUUCUUGACAACCACAACAACAAGAAUGCACUAGUGGAGUUGGAUUGUCCAUCGUAUUCGUACGUCUCUGUAAUUGGUUCUUGCAAUGGUUUGAUUUGUUAUGUAGACCACCGUGUAUAUGGUCAAUCCAAGGUCAUCAUAUACAACCCUUCCACUAGAGUCUCCAAGGAAUUGCCAAAACCACCCAAUCCACUCUCUGUUAUAAUUGCUUAUUAUGGGUUUGGUUUUGACUCCUCCGACAACGAUUACAAGGUAGUUUUGGCUAUGGAGGAGACUGAGGUAUUUAGUGAGAUGAUUAUUGAGGGGCAAACGGAUUUGAAAUUUUACAUGUUGGGAGGUUUUGAUGAAUGUUUGUAUGCACUGUCUCCCUCAUUUACGGCUAAUGGAACCUCUGUUGAGAUGUGGUUGAUGAAAGAAUAUGGCGGGAAGGCAUUUUGGGCUAAGUUUAUCACCAUCCCUUGUGAUGUGACCAAUACUUGCUUGAAACCGCUAUGUUUCUUGAGGAACGGUGAACUUCUGGUGGCGAAUGAUCAACGCUUCAAUGAUCAAAUAAAGUUAGGAUCGUACAAUACUAAAAACAAAGGAUUUACGAGAAUUUCUAGUUGUUCCCGUUCUAAUCAAGCGGAUUUGUAUGCGGAGAGUCUGGUUAACCCAACAGCUUUGACGUGA